CCAACAGCCACCGUCCUUACUAUGAAGACAGCAGGUACCUUUGUGUUCCUUGCUCUGGCAUCUUUCUGCUGCUUCUCAGGUGUUGCCAGCAAAGAUAUAAAUAAGCUUUUGCAGGAUGAGUGCAUGGAAUUUUGGCCGCUCUUACGCAGUGGGCAUUUCUAUUGUAAUAGAGAUAACAACCCCGUCCGUGGCCCCGAUGGCGAAACACACACCAACAAAUGCGUCAUGUGUAGAAAGAUGAUGGCAAGUCAAGUAAAUAAUGGACUAACGGGUCAAGGAGGAAAUGUGAACAGAAGCCCAACAAUAACGGAUGACUGCAGUGAAUAUCGAUCACAAAUCGAUGCUAAUGGAGACCUCACCUGCACAAAAGAGAAUGACCCUGUGCGUGACUCUUCUGGCCGGCAGCACAGCAACAAGUGUCUUAUGUGUGCAGAGAAGUUCAAACAAGAAGCUCAAAGAGGCAUCCAUUUUGGGAGAAAUACCCAACAACCAACUGUGAACAGCCUUCACGGGAAGAGCACGAAUCAGAACAGCUGCAGCCAGUCUGGUGGGACCUCUCCCUGCUCUGCCAAUGGCCAGGCUGCCCAGGGCAAUAGCGGACUAAAUGGCGGGUGUGGAGGCGUGCAGCAAGGCACAGCUCCGUACGGUGGAGACUGUGGAACACAGUCUGGCAGCAACGGAAGAGCGAACCAAGGUGUUGGCAACGGCAUUAUCAUUCCGGUGGACUGCAGGCGAAUUCUGCAUGGAAUAAAGGGUGAAGCAAUUCUCUGCAGAAAUUCCUGGGAACCCAUUUGUGGCACUGACGGAAAAACAUACAGCAACAGAUGCGUCUUGUGUUCGGAGAUGAGGAGAACUGGAAACGGCAUUACAGUAAUGUCUGAGGGGGAAUGUGCCAACGCUGCUCCAGCAAAGGCCAACUGCAGUCAGUACCCCCAAACCAAAGGGAGAGUACUGUGCACCCGGAGCUCCCAGAUGGUGUGUGGCACAGAUGGUGUGACCCACAGCAGCGAGUGUAUGCUGUGCGACCGAAUCCUGAAAACGAGAUCUGAGAUUGGUAUAAAGCAUAUAGGAGCGUGCGCUCAGAAGUAAAGGAGUUCAGACCACCAGCAAGUAUCAAAGCAGAAGCGUGACAAAGGGCAAGUCAUGGAAGAAUUGAUGUUAAGCAUCAAGGAAGUUGCUCUAAUCCUCAGUGCUGCAAAACCUGCCUUCGUCCUCCUCCUACACUCUCUAGGGGACAGUCCGGCACUGGCUCAGGUGUAGGGAGAUGGCAUUAGAUGGCCCAGUCAGUCUUUUCCCAGCUCUAGCUCCUCUGAUUCUGUGGUCCCUCCGGGGAGUCCCAUUCUCCGCUCUCCUCACACCACUAUAUCUCACUGUGCUGCUUCAAUAAAGUAAACUCAGCAGAAACCUGUUACUUUUCUCCACUAGGCCUCCUUUGAGGGACGGGUUUAAUCAGCACUUGAUCUGUACCCUCCACAGAAGUAGCAGAUUAGGUUAGUGGAUAGCCCUCUCUCUGGAUGGGUAGCUGGAUCGAGCUUUGCCCCUAGAUAUUACUCUGGUGGGUCACAUGAAGAGUCCGGGGGAGAAUAAAUACACACAUGGGACUCCCAGUUACUGUAAGUAACCUGUGAUGAUGCCACGCCAAAAGGGAGGAAGCAUGGUCUAGUGGUUACCGCAUGGGCCUGGGAGUCAGGGGCUCGGGGCUCUGCACUAACGCGUUGCGCGGCCUUUGGUAAGUGACUUCGCCCCUCUGUGACUCUGUUUCCCACGUCUGCAAAAAGGAGAUUAAUAAAAUACUUCCCUACCUCAC